ACAACAAUGCAUCAUCACUAGAUCCAACAUAUAAACCUACCCUAUUCUUCCUCACCGUCCCGUUCCCACUUCCCAUCCCACCCUUCUGUUAGCCGACAAAAUUCACAGCAACCAAUACAUAUAUCUAUAUGAAAAUUAGAAUCAAACUUUACAAAAUCAAUUACUAAUUACUACAUAUGUAGUCGUUUAGAUCAUACAGUAUAUAUUGUUUAUGUAAAAAGUACCCCAUAAAAGCUAGUAUUUUGAAUUUUAUGUACCUAUGCAAAUCAAAAUCUACCAAAGCAAUUACGGAGUAUUAUAUAUCUAUUUAUACCAUACAUAGUAGUGUAUAUCUGCAAAUUAAAAUCGAAAGAACUCUGCAAAAGCAUCUGAGCCGUUACCGUACACAGCACUAAUUGCAGAACCUAACACAGUCUCUCACACACAACACACACUCUCUCCAAAUCAAUCACAUUUUGAUUCUCUUCGCUCCUACUCUACUCUCCCUACUCGUAGGGUUAGAGUUUCUUCAUUGUUACCAUGUGAGAUCGUAGCUAGGUUUAGGGUUAGGGUUUUGUGAGAUCCGAUUCGUUCAAAUCUGGCUUGAUUUCAUGGGAAACUGCUGCAGAUCUCCGGCUGCCGUCGCCCGAGAGGACGUCAAGUCUUCGAACUUCUCCGGCCACGAUCACGGCCGGAAGGACCGCUCCGGAGCCGUCUCCGGUGGUGGCAAGAAGACGAUCACUGUGUUAGCCGAUUUGUCGAAGGGGAACAUCGAAGAUAAGUACUUGGUGGAUAGAGAGCUAGGUCGUGGUGAGUUCGGAGUGACGUAUCUGUGUAUCGAACGCGACACGAAGGAGUUGUUGGCGUGUAAGUCGAUUUCGAAGCGGAAGCUUCGGACGGCGGUGGAUGUGGAGGAUGUGAGGAGAGAAGUGGCGAUUAUGAAGCAUUUGCCGAAGAAUUCGAGCAUCGUGAGCUUGAAGGAGGCUUGUGAGGAUGACAAUGCGGUUCAUUUGGUUAUGGAGUUGUGUGAGGGUGGCGAGCUGUUCGAUCGGAUUGUUGCUCGCGGGCAUUAUACCGAGCGCGCCGCCGCAGCUGUUACACGGACUAUUGUGGAGGUUGUACAACUCUGCCACAAACAUGGAGUGAUCCACCGGGACUUGAAGCCGGAGAACUUUUUAUUUGCGAAUAAGAAGGAGAAUUCGCCUUUAAAAGCCAUUGAUUUUGGCUUGUCGAUCUUCUUCAACCCAGGUGAGAGGUUCUCUGAAAUUGUUGGAAGCCCGUAUUACAUGGCUCCAGAGGUUCUCAAGCGGAAUUAUGGACCAGAAAUAGAUAUAUGGAGCGCAGGAGUAAUCCUCUAUAUAUUGUUGUGUGGGGUUCCUCCCUUUUGGGCUGAGUCCGAACAAGGGGUUGCACAAGCCAUUCUGCGUGGGCUAAUAGAUUUUAAACGAGAACCUUGGCCAAAUAUUUCAGAGAGUGCAAAGAAUCUUGUCCGUCUGAUGUUGGAACCAGACCCGAAGCUUCGACUAACUGCAAAACAAGUGCUUGAGCAUCCUUGGCUUCAAAAUGCUAAAAAGGCUCCAAACGUUCCUCUUGGAGAUGUUGUCAAGUCUAGACUUAAGCAAUUUUCAAUGAUGAAUAGGUUCAAGAGAAAAGCCCUUAGGGUUAUUGCUGAUUUCUUGUCCACUGAAGAAGUUGAAGACAUCAAGGAUUUGUUCCAAAAGAUGGACACUGAUAAUGACGGUAUUGUUUCAAUUGAGGAACUAAAAUCUGGACUAAAAAAGUUUGGUUCGCAGCUUGCAGAGUCUGAAGUACAGAUGCUUAUUGAAGCUGUAGAUACUAAUGGAAGAGGAACUCUGGACUAUGGAGAAUUUGUUGCUGUUUCCCUCCAUUUACAAAGGAUGGCUAAUGAUGAACACCUUCACAAGGCUUUCUCCUAUUUUGAUAAGGAUGGCAAUGGUUACAUUGAACCAAAUGAGCUUCGGGAUGCUUUGAUGGAAGAUGGAGAUGAUUGUACUGAUGUAGCCAAUGACAUCUUCCAAGAAGUUGACACGGACAAGGAUGGGCUAAUAAGCUAUGAUGAGUUUGUGGCUAUGAUGAAAACUGGGACCGAUUGGAGAAAGGCUUCUCGGCAUUACUCAAGAGGGAGAUUCAACAGUUUAAGCACGAAACUGAUGAAAGAUGGUUCUCUGAACUUGGGGAGUGAGUAAGAUAUACACAUGCAUGCACGGUGUUUCAUUUAUGCAUACAAGAGAUGUACCGGAAUCAUUCUCCAUAUAUUGGACUUGCUUUAUUUGUGAUUAUUUGUGGGGUUCCAUUGAUUAGAUAGGUCCCCUUCUGAUUGCUGGCUUACAAGGUCAUGGAGAGGUGAGUACAUCUAAUUGCCUGUUCAAAAUGAUAAUUGAAAAAGUCACGUUGCCUUUGUAACUUUGUAUGCAUGUAUGAUUCUGUCCUCUUCAACCUUCUGUUCGUCUUCUUUUAUUUUUUUUCCUUCUUUUACCCUAGUUAACCUUCUGUUCUUCGUUCUGGUUAACAUCGUGAAAUUGACGAAUCCUGCCAGUGUUGUAGUACAUAAACUAUCAAAGGAAUAUGAAGGUCUUGUAGCCUACUUCUUGUGCUCCAAA